GGUGGGAUUCGCUGCAUGAAACCAGGCUUGCAAGAGCCUGACAUCCAUCUCGCUGCCGCUGCCUGCACUGAUUGAUUGACCGCGCUGUCUUUUCCGGCACUAGCCUACUGCUCAAGGUCGAGAGCCUCGGUUUUUUUUUCUUGCUUGCUUUGCUGAGCGACGAGGGCGCCGGCGAUGUAACAAACGCCCUGCCGGAACCAGCCCUCUCUCUCUCCCCUCCCUCGGCUGCCAUCCCUCGCUGCCGCUCGACCACCCUCACAGCUCAGAAAACGGACCCCAGCCCGAGCCAGGCAUCUCGACCGCCACCGACCUGCAAUCUAGACCUGCUUCUCCAACCGUCGCCGCAGCCUGCACCAACCCGCAGCUGCAUACAUAGAUCAAAUAGAUUCCGACCUGCCACACCUGCCACACCUGCCAUACUGGCCGUGCCUACCUACACCUACCUACACCUACUUACCUACACCAACCUAGGUUCCCGACCUGCCGACCAGACGCCGACUGCGAGUCUGCUUGUCCCACACUGUACUCCUUCCACCGCUACGAACUCGAGAUCGGCCUGCGAGCCUCCCCCGCCUCCUUGGCCUCCCAAUCCUCGCUCGAAACGACAACAGACGGCCUACCCACACCCACACCCAGCCGGCCGCGGUAGAUGGCCUCGUCGUACGGCCACGGCCAGCCGGCCGCGCACGGCGCUCCGGGCCACCAUGGCGGGCCUGGGGCAGCACCGGCUGGCACUUUUACGCCCGGCACCAAGAUCCAGGUGGGCGGGCACCGGGUGGUGAUCCAGAAGUACCUCUCCGAGGGCGGCUUCGCACACGUCUACCUCGUCAAGCUGCAGCAGGCAGUCAGCGGAACGGACCUGGCCGUGCUCAAGCGCGUGGCCGUGCCCGACAAGGAGGCCCUGCGCGGCAUGCGCACCGAGGUCGAGACCAUGAAGCGCCUCAAGGGCCACCGCGCCAUCGUCACCUACAUGGACUCGCACGCCUCGGAGCUACAGGGCGGCGGCUACGAGGUCUUCCUGCUCAUGGAGUUCUGCGACGGCGGCGGCCUCAUUGACUUUAUGAACACACGCCUGCAGCACCGCCUGACCGAGCCCGAGAUCUUGGGCAUCUUCACCGACGUGGCCGAGGGCGUCGCCUGCAUGCACUACCUCAAGCCUCCGCUGCUGCACCGCGACCUCAAGGUGGAGAACGUCCUCAUCACCACCCACAGCGGCGCCCGCAAGUUCAAGCUGUGCGACUUUGGCUCCGCCGCGCCGCGCCGCCCCGCGCCCACGACGGUGGUCGAGUGCCGUCUCAUGGACGAGGACGUCCAGAAGCACACGACCCUGCAAUACCGCAGCCCCGAGAUGAUUGACGUCUACCGCAAGCAGCCCAUCGACGAGAAGUCCGACAUCUGGGCCCUCGGCGUCCUGCUCUAUAAGCUAUGCUAUUACACCACCCCCUUUGAAGACCAGGGCCAGCUGGCUAUCCUGAACGCAAGUUUCAAGUACCCGGCCUACCCCGUCUUUUCCGACAGGUUAAAAAGGCUCAUCGGCUCCAUGCUGAAGGAGAGCCAGGAUGCACGUCCUAAUAUAUAUCAAGUCCUUCGGGAAGGAUGCUCCAUGCAAGGCCGCGAGGUUCCUAUCAAAGAUAUUUACUCGGGCAAGCCACGGCCAGAAGCCCACGCAGGCGCAAAACCCCCCGCCAUUGUAGAUAAGCCUCUGCCUGCACCCGUGGUUGGAGCUUCGUUUGCUGCUGCGCCGAAACCACAGCAGGCGAUUCCAGAGGUCGUUCCUAUGAGGAGAGGCCGCCCCCAACAAUCCACGGCAAGCCAGCCGGCAGCACCCAAACCCAGCCCUUCUCCGAUGAGGGCCACCAACGACGACCCCUUCGCUGCUCUGGACUCCAAGUCUUCGUCACUACCGAAACCCGGCGCUUCGGUUGGGAAGUCGGCAGAUGAGCUCUCGUCUCGUUUUCCAACCCUGGACCAGUUCUCUCUCCUGCACGACCACGGGACGACAUUUAAUUUCGACGAGCAGCUGAUGUCCCCCGAGGCCAUCCGCCCCAAAGACCUUGACCAGAGAGUCACGGAAAGGCUGGCGGACGAGGUUUUUGCCGCGAGGUCGCCAUCACCGCCAAAGCCGUCCCUGCACGGAGCCAAGUCCGAUCAUAGCAAACCGCCCAUGAUGUCGCCCCCGGUGCAGCCGGCUUCGGCGCCUCCAAGGUCCACCGAAAUUAGCCGUGCAUCGGCCAUUAUUGCGCAGACUCCAGAGCUGCAAGCACUCGCUUCACCGCCGCUCCAGGCGUACUCUCCUCCGAAACCAAAGCCCGUAAUGGUGUCGACCGGGACCAUGACUGGGACUCCUCCUGGUGAGAAGUUGCAAGCUCAGGCUCCGAGCUAUAGAUACAACACGGGAGACAUGCACCGCUCGUCCAGUGUGCCGAGGAUGCAAGAUAUGAACGGUAGUUUGCAAGCACGGGCCGAGGUUCCUCCAGCCCAGGGUAGCACGACUCCGCGCGUGUCGUCGUUCCCGUCCGGCACCGGCCAUGCGCGCCAGCAAUCGUCAUCAUCGAGACCUUCGCUGGAGGGGGGCCGCCCCAGCGCGGAUCUCUUGGAUCCCGCUUACAAGACGGUUGCAGGAAGCGCGCGACCACGGCCAGUGAGCACUCAUCUCGAGUCGAACCUGGACUAUCUCCGCGAGAGGGAGCGAGAACGGGAGUGGGAGCAGCAGCGCACUAUUUCUUCUCCAAGGCUGAUGGAUCCCACUCCAUCGCCUCGACCUGGCGCUACAGAAGAGUCAAAUAUUGCUUCCAACGUCGACUUUCUGCGAACGAUGGAAGAAACCGAGAAAAAGAAGUCAGGAAAGCACAUGAAGAGGUCCAGCCUGACGGCACUUUCGGGGACCAAGAACAUACUGGCGGGCAAAUUCGGGGACGCGUUCAAGCGUUUCGAGACCAACACGAGCGGCCCGCCGCCGGCGAGGACGCCAUCGCCGCUGAAGCAGAUGGGGCGGCACGACCUCACGCCCAUCGCGGGGUCCGAGGCCACCGACGGGAGGUCCGACGACGGAGAGGUGCUCGAGGAGACGGACGACAUGUCGCCCGAGAUGCGGCGCGAGAUUGAGCGGCGCAGGCUGUCGAUGGAGGAGAAGCGGGUGGCAGCGGCCGGUGCAGAGUACCGGCAGAGGAUUGCGCUGCGCGACCCGACGACGGGGAGCUCCUCGGCCACGUCGCUCCCCAAGAGCAUCGGCGGCGUGUCUCGCGCCACGUCGAUCCAGAACAAGGUGCAGAGCCUUUUGGACGAAAGCACCAAAUCGACAGCGCAGAUCACCCGCACCGCUCAAGGCUAUGGCCACUUUACCGAGCCGCCCAAUGUUGUUGGCUCGGAUGAGAGUGGGCGCAUCGACGGUGUGGCGAGAAAGCCGCUCGCGAGCAUUCCGCGGCUGACGGGGCAGCAACAGCAGCAGCCACAGCAGCAGCCAAGACAAGGCGGGGCUGGCCUCGCCAUCAACUCGGAACCGGGCUUCCAGGGGCGAAUAGGGUCGCCUCUGCCGGUCGCGAACAAAGCCGACCCCUCGGCGACAUUAACACGGCCGGUGCCUCUGAUGCCCAGCACGAGCGGGCGACCGGCGGCACCUCCGAAGCCGGUGCAUCUGAACAAGCACCUUACGAGCGGCGGCCGGCCGGCGUCGCCACCGAAGCCAGCCUACCUUGGCAAUAAUAUCAACAAGCCCCUGCCGCGCGGGCCGCCGGGGUCGCAGCUGGUGGCGCCGAGCUUGCCAGGGCAGCCGGCGUUGGACAUGACUGUGCAGGAGAGAGACGACUACCUGAGCGACUUCCAGAAGCGAUUUCCUAGCCUGACAUCGAUAGAGAUGGUCGAGCGCGACAUCAGGGCCGAGGCGUCGGAUGGGCGAUCGAGGCGUUGAAAGAGGCACAAGAAUUAUAGACGGAAAGAAGUCAUGAUGAUGCCAAUCUUGAAAGAGCCACGUCCUGCUUGCUUGCUCCUUCCUUUGGUCUGUUUUCGUUUUGCCGCCGGCUUGCCCGGCAUCCUUUCUCUAGGUGCUGCCGCCACAGAGCUUUGGUCAGGCAGGGAAGCAAAACAGUACCUACAGGAUGUAGUAUCCUAGGCUGGGCCGCGGGUUAUGCAUUUCUAUUCUCUUUCUUCUUCUUCUUCCCUAUCCUUGGUUGAUUUUCAAGUCUUGGAAACUACAUCUUGUUUGGGAACGGGCUUUGCUAGCUACAACUACACGACAUAGAUCAGCGGCAACAGACGCAUGUGCCGCCAAUGAAAACCCUGGGCACCUACUAGUACUUGAGAAGUGUGGUAACACCGACCUUGACACGGAAACGGGCGGAUGCAGGCACAUGCAAGAUUGAGUCGGCGA